UUGACCUGUACAGAGAAGUCUCAAAAGUGUUCUCCAAUCUCAGCUUAUCAACAAAACAAAGUAGAAUAAUGUGUUCUCCUAUUUGAUCAUUACAUGUCUAUCUUGCCUGUUCAUCUUACUCUUGUUGCCUAUCACAAAAAGUUGCAUUUCUUGAAUUUAAUCAAUACGAUGACAAGAGUUCGGUUUUGCCCCUCCCACCUAGCGACAAACACACUUUUUGGAAAUGCAUCUUAGCUGUAGCUUCAACUGGACUCCCGGGUAAAUGAAAGAAAUGGAUUUGGUGAUAUUUUCUCAGGUCGGCAGUGCAUGAUUUGAAUCCGUUCUUCAGUUGUCUCACUGGUGCUCACGUUAAAAAUGUAAUUGCAGGUUUUUCAUCUCCAGCUCUGUUCUUGACCUGACUAUAGUAGGUCUAGAUGCCAUGGAUGGAGAUGCAAAUGUGCUGGCACAGCAGCCUCACUACUUGAGAACCUGUUCUAAGACCAAUCUAGAUCUGGGUAGUACAGUUUACCUCUUGGGUUAUGCAGAGAGAAAGGAGUUGACAAUUGGUGAAGGAAAGGUUGUGAUAGCCACUGACAAUCUUAUAAAGCUGUCAACUGAUGGAGUAACUUGGAACCCUGGGUCUGCUGGUUUUGAUGUGCAUGGCAAUCUUGCAUUCAUGGUCUGUGAUCCCAUGAAGCUGGCCACAUCUCCAAACACAAAAACCUCUUCAACGUCAUCAUCCUCGUCAUCAUCAUGGAAGAAGGAUCUUCCUAUGCAAUUUGGUAUCCCUAUUCCUGUUAUCUGUGAUUGGUUAAACCAGCAUUGGGAGGGGAAUCUUGAUGAACUCAACAAACCGAAGUUGCCACUCAUGCGAUUGAUGUCAGCUGGCCAGAAGAGUGAGCAUUCUUGUACGUCCUUCACAAUGCGGCGGGUUUUCAAGCCGACAGAAGCUGAAAAUGAAGGAAUGCCAUCAUCAUCAAACCUAAUCUCAGAUCCCAGAGACCAGCCUGGACCAAGCUCUUCAUCUGCGGCAAAUAAUUUUGAAGAUGAAACCCUAAUCACUGAUCCCCGUGCUACUACUCAUGUUCAGGGGAUUCCAACUCCAGAAAUUUAUGAGUCACCAAAGUUGACAUCAGUUCCUAUUAGGAAGAAGGAAACUACCCAAAUCCAGCUUUUGGAUAUUAAUUUCCCACCAAAAAUUGCCAAAGCUACAGUGUCACCACAGCCUGCCAGAAAUCUGCCCCCAAUGUCAGACCAGAAUUAUGUCAAGAAACUUCCAUUGCAGCACCCAUUGAGGGAAGAAGAGCAAUUAAGUGACAGAGAACAGUCUGUCACCAUGGCAGAUGCUGAGAUUGCCUCAACAGGUUCUGUAAAUGGGGAUGCCAAGAGUGAGGUCCAGUCUAGUUCGUCUCGGAUUGAGGUAUUGGAGGAGCAGAAUGGAUAUAGUAGUGAGGGGGAGACUACUAUGUACUCUGCAGAAACUGCCGAAAGCCGAAAUUAUCCAAGUCCUAGGCAGGCAAAGUUUCAGCAAGUAGGGAGAAGCCAAAGCUGUGUAAACUACAACAGAUGGGGGCCUGUCCAAAGGAAUCCAGUUGCUCACAAGGCAAUGCUAGAAAUGCAAAGAAGCUUCAUGCAAGGAAGAAAGGUUUAUUCACAAGGGGCAACUUCUCACAGAGGUAACGAUUAUUUUGGCCCUACUGUAUCCUCAAUCAUGAAGAAAAGGAACAACUCAGAGCAGCCCAACAGACCCCGACAAACUGCUGUUGUCCAUUCAUCUCCAAGGUGGAACUUCUAGCUUGUAUGACAUCAAUAGACAUAAUCCUUUAUAUAUUGCAUCUUUUUCGUUGCCUGAAACCCCUCUAAUUUCAAUUGGUCUAUACUGUAACUAAUUUGUUGUGACCUUAUAUCCGGAACAUUCAAAGAUCAAUAAGAAAAUUCAGAAGAGAUUUCUGUUAUGUACCGCCAUGAAUAGCCCAAACUACAUGCUGGAACUGGAAGGUACAAUUUUACCUCCUCCUAUUAGAAAACUCCUUGUUUACUUGGAUUUGGGGCGGUAGAUUAUUGGAUGUUGAAAUGGAGGUACAUGACGACGACGUGAUAUCACUGGUUGUAAUGAAUACAUCUUCUGAUGCACAGACAGACAAUCACCAUUGCUCUCAAUGAAACGGUCUUAAAAGAAUCCAACUAGUCACCGAAAUGGUGGUUGUGACUUUGUGAUGUUUUUAAGACUUCGUGAUGUAUACAUGUGUUUCUUUCAAAUGUACCCAUGUUGUGUGUCAAG